AUGUUCUAUAUUAUUAAAAAAUCUAGUAAUGCAGGUAUUGAAAUGAAUUCUAAAUAGCAUCGUUAACAUCCACUAAAAUCAAUUCCAUAUCUACACAAAGUCCUAACUUCUAUUUUACAGAAAUGCACAAGAUACUUUUAGCGAUUUUGCAGUAUAUAAAUUAAAGUUAGAGUAAUAGAAAUUCAAUAUUUAAGAUAAUGAAUUGCACUUAUCAUAUCAACAGUCCAAUAUCUUUGAUAUGUAUAGCUCCUCAUAAGUGCUAAUGCUAAAGGAAACUUUGUGUAAAAUGCCUAUAUGAACACGGAUUGGAUUUGAAAUAUGCCAUUCCAAUUGAUAUAUUUCAAGAAAUGGCCAUCAAGAAAUUAAAAGACUCCAAGCUUGAUGAUAACUCAGAACUAACAAAAUAGAGAAUGGCCUUCAAAUCCUUAAUCUCUCAAACCGAUUAAAAGUUGAAGAAAAUAUGGGAGGAGUUGUCACAAUCAAUCUAAUAAGUAUACGAUUGGAUUGAUAAGGAAAACCAAUCUUACUUAAAUCUCAUCAAGGAAAAUACGAAUCUAGCUGAAUCCUCCUACACUGAUAUAGAAAAAUUAGUCAAAAUUGUAGAAGGAACAACUUUAAUAGAUUGGAAUGCUUCGAAGAAUUCUUAUAUGAAGGAGUUAGAUAAGACCAAUAGCUGGUGGGAUCAAUAUAUAAAGGCUUUUAUUGAGAAGUGUAAUUAAGGAAUCCAAUAGAUCCAAUCAUUAAUUAAGUAACUUUUUAGUUCAUAUCCUUAGAAUUCAACCUGAAGAAGAAGUCGAAGUAUAUUAAGUGAAAGAAAAUUUAUAUGAGAUACUAACCUACAUCUUGGAUAUAGAUGGAUCUCUUUAUUAGAAGAUUUAUGAUAUACUUAGAUAAGAGAAAGUUUCAGACAUUAUUGGAUUCUUGUCAAAGACAAACAAUGAUCAGUUUUAUGAAUCUUUAAUCAAGAAGUAAGAGAAUGUAAAGGAUGCCAAGAAGUAAGUAAAGAAAAUCACAAAUGUCUUGAGAAAUAUUUAGGAACAUAAAUUUAGCAAGGAUGACUAUUCUUCUGAGAAUUAUGAAAAGGAAAUAGCCGAUAUGAUCAAUAGGAUGAAGGAUAACAAAGGGAUCACAGAUUUCAUCAAAUUUUUAGUACGAUUAACAGGCAUAGAUGUAAAAUUUAUUCAAUCAGGAUCAAAUGGAUUGAAUUUAUUGGUAGAAAUGAAGGUAGAUAUUAGGAACCAAUCCUUUGAGAAUAUCAGAAUAAAGAAUACCUCUUUAGUUGGAGGAAAUUUUGUAAGAUGUAAUAUGAAUGGAUCAGAAUUUGAGAAUGUGGAUAUUAGCGGAGUCAAUUUUAAUGGAGCUUAGAUGUUCAAUUGUAAAUGGAAGAACAUAAAAGUCCAUGAAUUGAAUAGGUUGGAUGGCCAUAGUAGUUGUGUUAGAUCAGUCUGUAUUUCUCCUGAUGGAAAUACAUUAGCUUCUGGUAGUGAUGAUAAGUCUAUCCGUCUAUGGGAUGUCAAAACAGGAUAAUAAAAAGCCAAAUUAGAUGGUCAUAGUAAUUAUGUUAGAUCAGUCUGUUUCUCUCCUGAUGGAAAUACAUUAGCUUCUGGUAGUGAUGAUAAGUCUAUCCGUCUAUGGGAUGUCAAAACAGGAUAAUAAAAAGCCAAAUUAGAUGGUCAUAGUAAUUGUAUUAACUCAGUCUGUUUCUCUCCUGAUGGAAAUACAUUAGCUUCUGGUAGUGAUGAUAAGUCUAUCCGUCUAUGGGAUGUCAAAACAGGAUAAUAAAAAGCCAAAUUAGAUGGUCAUAGUAGUUAUGUAAAUUCAGUCUGUUUCUCUCCUGAUGGAAAUACAUUAGCUUCUGGUAGUGAUGAUAAGUCUAUCCGUCUAUGGGAUGUCAAAACAGGAUAAUAAAAAGCCAAAUUAGAUGGUCAUAGUAGUUAUGUAAAUUCAGUCUGUUUCUCUCCUGAUGGAAAUACAUUAGCUUCUGGUAGUGAUGAUAAGUCUAUCCGUCUAUGGGAUGUCAAAACAGGAUAAUAAAAAGCCAAAUUAGAUGGUCAUAGUAGUUAUGUAAAUUCAGUCUGUUUCUCUCCUGAUGGAAAUACAUUAGCUUCUGGUAGUGAUGAUAAGUCUAUCCGUCUAUGGGAUGUCAAAACAGGAUAAUAAAAAGCCAAAUUAGAUGGUCAUAGUAGUUAUGUAAAUUCAGUCUGUUUCUCUCCUGAUGGAAAUACAUUAGCUUCUGGUAGUGAUGAUAAGUCUAUCCGUCUAUGGGAUGUCAAAACAGGAUAAUAAAAAGCCAAAUUAGAUGGUCAUAGUAGUUAUGUAAAUUCAGUCUGUUUCUCUCCUGAUGGAAAUACAUUAGCUUCUGGUAGUGAUGAUAAGUCUAUCCGUCUAUGGGAUGUCAAAACAGGAUAAUAAAAAGCCAAAUUAGAUGGUCAUAGUAGUUAUGUAAAUUCAGUCUGUUUCUCUCCUGAUGGAAAUACAUUAGCUUCUGGUAGUGAUGAUAAGUCUAUCCGUCUAUGGGAUGUCAAAACAGGAUAAUAAAAAGCCAAAUUAGAUGGUCAUAGUAGUUAUGUAAAUUCAGUCUGUUUCUCUCCUGAUGGAAAUACAUUAGCUUCUGGUAGUGAUGAUAAGUCUAUCCGUCUAUGGGAUGUCAAAACAGGAUAAUAAAAAGCCAAAUUAGAUGGUCAUAGUAGUUAUGUAAAUUCAGUCUGUUUCUCUCCUGAUGGAAAUACAUUAGCUUCUGGUAGUGAUGAUAAGUCUAUCCGUCUAUGGGAUGUCAAAACAGGAUAAUAAAAAGCCAAAUUAGAUGGUCAUAGUAGUUAUGUAAAUUCAGUCUGUUUCUCUCCUGAUGGAAAUACAUUAGCUUCUGGUAGUGAUGAUAAGUCUAUCCGUCUAUGGGAUGUCAAAACAGGAUAAUAAAAAGCCAAAUUAGAUGGUCAUAGUAGUUAUGUAAAUUCAGUCUGUUUCUCUCCUGAUGGAAAUACAUUAGCUUCUGGUAGUGAUGAUAAGUCUAUCCGUCUAUGGGAUGUCAAAACAGGAUAAUAAAAAGCCAAAUUAGAUGGUCAUAGUAGUUAUGUAAAUUCAGUCUGUUUCUCUCCUGAUGGAAAUACAUUAGCUUCUGGUAGUGAUGAUAAGUCUAUCCGUCUAUGGGAUGUCAAAACAGGAUAAUAAAAAGCCAAAUUAGAUGGUCAUAGUAGUUAUGUAAAUUCAGUCUGUUUCUCUCCUGAUGGAAAUACAUUAGCUUCUGGUAGUGAUGAUAAGUCUAUCCGUCUAUGGGAUGUCAAAACAGGAUAAUAAAAAGCCAAAUUAGAUGGUCAUAGUAGUUAUGUAAAUUCAGUCUGUUUCUCUCCUGAUGGAAAUACAUUAGCUUCUGGUAGUGAUGAUAAGUCUAUCCGUCUAUGGGAUGUCAAAACAGGAUAAUAAAAAGCCAAAUUAGAUGGUCAUAGUAGUUAUGUAAAUUCAGUCUGUUUCUCUCCUGAUGGAAAUACAUUAGCUUCUGGUAGUGAUGAUAAGUCUAUCCGUCUAUGGGAUGUCAAAACAGGAUAAUAAAAAGCCAAAUUAGAUGGUCAUAGUAGUUAUGUAAAUUCAGUCUGUUUCUCUCCUGAUGGAAAUACAUUAGCUUCUGGUAGUGAUGAUAAGUCUAUCCGUCUAUGGGAUGUCAAAACAGGAUAAUAAAAAGCCAAAUUAGAUGGUCAUAGUAGUUAUGUAAAUUCAGUCUGUUUCUCUCCUGAUGGAAAUACAUUAGCUUCUGGUAGUGGUGAUUAGUCUAUCCGUCUAUGGGAUCUAAAAACAGGAUAAGAAAUUAAAUCCUCUGAUAAAAACUACAAAGAUAUUCUUGCAUAAUUAAAAAUUCCGCUCUAAUAAAAUAGUGCAAUAUAAGAAGGUAAUAUUAAUUUUUUUGAUAUUUUAAGCCUCCAUUUACAUCACUACACUCCUUUUAUCCUAAUAGGCCAUAUUUUAAGCAUAAGGAGCACUAAUUUUGAGAGGAGAGUUUAUUAAUCAAUCAGGUAUAGACUUAAAGACAUUGUUUAAACAAAAGGGUAGCUGUAUUUUGGAAGACCAAUUAGACUGCAAUAAAAAAUGA